CAUGGCGUCAACCGUGUCCAACUGCAGACAUGGCUUCUCGAAGGCAUUUGGUAGCAACUCUGCUGCUGCUUAUCGGUUCUGUCGCAGCGCAGAAUGGCAUUGAAUGUCCUUUCCCAGGUGGUACCGAGAACGGCGGCGGAGUGGCGGAAUGCUCGCUUUACACGGCGUGUCUGUGGAAGGGAUCUGAGUGCGUCAUGCAGAACAACGGCGACAUCGGCUACACGGUGGCCGGUGACCCGCAGGAUACGGGCAGGGGCUUCAAGGUCGGUCUUGAUCUCAUCGAUGCGACGAAAACAUUGUUUGGAGGAGACAUUCCCGGGCUGGAGCUGGAAGUGAUCUACCACGAAGAUUAUCACGUUCAAGUCAAGAUCAGAGACGCGGCAUCAGCGCGCUACGAGGUGCCGGUGCCACUGACGCUGCCAGCCGAGGCCGGGACUCUGCCGCUGUACACGGUGGAGGUCGCCGCUGCUGGUCAGCCUUUCGAGAUGAGCAUCAGUCGCGCCGCCACCGGGACUAAAGUCUUCUCGACGGUGGGGGCGCUGGUAUACGAGAACCAGUUCAUCCAGUUCACCACGCAGCUGCCGUCCACUUACCUGUACGGCUUCGGGGAGAACACACACUCCCGCCUGCGCCACACCUUCGAGCCCCGCAACACCUGGCCAAUCUUUGCUAGGGAUCAGCCCGUUGGCACCGGCUUCAUGAACGAGUAUGGCCACCACCCUUACUACUCGGUUGUGGAGGAUGACGCGGGCCACACCCACUCUGUACUCUUCUUCAAUUCAAAUGCAAUGGAAUAUUCGACGUUCCUGCUCAGCGACGGCUCACCGGCCCUGACGCUGCGCACCAUCGGCGGCAUAAUCGACCUGCACUUCUUCUUCGGCCCCACGCCCGAGGACGUCAACAUGCAGUAUGCCGCGAUGAUUGGUACCACCGAGCUCCCGCCCUAUUGGUCUCUAGGGUUCCAUUUGUCCAGAUGGGGAUACAAAUCCACAGAUCACGUUCGAGAAGUGCGACAGCGAAUGAAAGAAGCUGGCAUCCCUCAGGACGUGCAAGUUAUAGACAUCGACUACAUGGAAAACAGUCGAGACUUCACCAUCGGAGCGGGCAACUGGAGCGACCUCCCACAGCUGGUAGAGGAGCUGCACUCCGAUGGCCUCAAAGUCACGCUCAUUCUUGAUCCGGCGGUGGUGAUAGACUUCGACAACUACGAGCCUGUGGUGCGCGGCCGCGAUGCCGAUGCCUUCAUCAAGUGGAUGACACCUUCGCUGGUGCCGGGCGACCAGCCCGCGGGCACCAACGACUACAUGGUCGGCUACGUGUGGCCCGAUAAUAAGACUGUUUUCCCGGACUUCCUCAAGCCCGAAACCCAGGACUGGUGGGCUCAAGAAAUCGCCUUGUUUCAUCAGAUGGUGCCAUUUGAUUCACUGUGGAUAGACAUGAACGAACCGUCAAAUUUCGGUACGAAUUUAGACAAGCCAUCAAACUACCCAGACGACCUGGAGCCGUGGAGCCUAAAAUGUCCCUUCAAUUUUCUUGACUCGCCGCCCUACCCGACCAAGAUGACCAGGGUUGGCUUUUCACGAAGCGGACGCAUCAGUGAUCGCACGCUUUGCAUGUCCGGAGCGCAGACUAACGGCAAUGACUCUUACUUGUUGUACGAUACGCAUUCUCUGUACGGCUGGUCCGAGUCAGUAGCAACGCACAAAGCCAUGGAGUUACUGUUUCCUGGCAAGAGGCAGUUGGUUUUGUCACGAUCAACGUUCCCGGGGUCCGCUCCGUACGCCAUUCACUGGCUUGGCGACAACGAAGCGCUGUGGGACGACUUGGCUCGAUCAGUGAUCGGCUUGAUUGAGUUCAACUUGUUCGGCAUGCCGAUGGUGGGCGCUGACAUCUGUGGCUUCAGCGGCCGCCCUACCCAGGAGUUGUGCGCACGCUGGAUGCAGCUCGGCGCUUUCUAUCCAUUCAGCCGGAAUCACAACGCAAAGAAUUCUCCAGACCAAGAUCCAGCAGUCCAUCCUCAAGUGGCUGAGAUAUCAAAAGACGUGUUACUGCUACGUUACAAAUACUUGCCUUACUUGUACACCCUUCUUCACGAUGCCCAUAUGGGCGGCAGCAGCGUGGUCCGUCCCUUGUACAACGUCUUCCCUCGAGACGUGAUCGCCAGGGACGUCGACGAUCAGUUCUUCUGGGGCACCGGCAUCAUGGUCGCUCCUGUAAUCGCCGCCGGACUCACGGAACGAGACGUUUAUUUUCCAGAGGGCUUGUGGUACGACCUAGCGAGUGGAGCGAGGGUAAGCAGUCUCGCUGGACUUGUAAACGUCGCGGCGCCCUUAGAAGUUCUGCCAGUGUUUGUCAGAGGCGGGACAAUUCUACCAAACCAAGCCCCGGCAACCACAACCCAACUCAGCCGAGAAAAUCCCUUCGGUUUGACCAUAGCGCUGGACUCAGCCUUCUCUGCUGAGGGGGCACUAUUCUGGGACGACGGGGAAUAUGAUCGCGUCAUGACCUACACGUCCACAUUCACUUUCGCUAACAACACCCUGACCUCUGUGGUCACGAACGGACAAGACGAGUUGGUGGGGCUUUCUUUUGACAACGUCGCGUUCUACGGAUACCCGUCCAACCCCACCGCCAUCACCGUCAACGGGGAGGCCUUGGACCCGUCCACCUGGGCCUUUGAAGAGGCCAUCGGUGUCCUAAACGUCAAGAUAGACGUGCCUCUUGACGUCUCUCUUGAUAUUCAAAUCACUGUUUAAUAAGUCGACAUUUAAGAAUUCAACGUAACUAAUUAGGUCGUCGAACUCACUUUGAAUUUUGAACAUCAAAGAGACAAAUAAUGAAAGUACAUAUAGCGUGAAUCGUCAGGGACACAGAGCGACAUUAUUCAUUUGCUCUUGUCUGAUUCAUACGUCAUGAAAAUUGAUUGCCCAGAAUAGCAAGAACAUGAGUGUUUAGUAUUGUAAUCAAAUAUUAUGCCGGUUUGGAAUAUUGUCGAUGCUUCAUCUAGAAUGCCUUCAGCCAUUUCAAUAUUAGUAAUCAAAAAGAUUAUGUAACAAUAAUACCUGAAAAUAAAUAAUUCUUUUUUUCCUCUAAUUGCUCGUACAUUUCCAUUUGUUUUUUUCCAAUGCAAAUAAAAUUUCCUGGUAACUUUUCCCUGUUUUCAGUCUCACUUAUUAACGACAUUCAUAUUUCUAAUGUACCUCCAGCGCAGGAUUGACCAAAGCCAAGCCGAAAUAUAUUUUAAAUUUCAAUCUUUCGUGAUAA